CGAGUGCAAGUGCAACGCAGUUGCAGUUCGACAUUAUUCAAUUAUUAUUUUUGAUUCACUUGGUUUAAAACUUUUUCACUUCUGCGCCUUAGGAAAUACCGGAAAAAGAUAAUGCGGAGUAGUAUAUAAGAACAUAACAGAAUUAAAAUAUUACUACUUUCGUUAUCCUGAAAAAUAACCAGCACUAUGUCCAAUACACAAACGGCAACCGCUCCAAGCGUUAAGCAGCAAGCCGAACUGGAAUGGAUCCAAAUGCGAGCGGACUACGCGGACAUUCAUGCCGAAACGACGCGGGAAAAAAUGGAACGCAAGAUUCGUGAAAACCCACUCGUACCCAUUGGGUGCGCGGCUACGCUAGGCGCUCUAAGCUUUGGGUUGUGGAACUUCCGUCAAGGGAAAACAAAAAUGUCCCAAUAUAUGAUGCGGGCUCGAAUUUUGGCGCAAGGAUUUACCGUUGUGGCUCUGAUUGUUGGCGUAGGAAUGACUUAUACCAAGAAGAAGGACGAAGAGAAAAAGUAAAGUGUUGCAGGCAUGACUCAGCAAAUUGCUUUUUUGUAAGGAAUCUUGUGUGAUUGUGCUUAUUAGUGUUGCAAAUACAUGUUAGUUGAUUUAACCAGGACAAACUUUAUUUUCCUAAUCGAGUUUCUUUUUAACGUCGUCAAUUUCAUCGUAAACGUCGGUUGAACCCGGUUC